GAUUGCGGAAGUAGGGCAAAAGUCACGGCGAGUGUUUCGCACAAGAAACGAAGAUUUUCACAGCGAACGAUCCUGAAAACCUGCGAUAUAAAGAUCAUCUAAACAAUCCCAAAUCUGCCAUUAUAAUCUGAAUAUGUCUGUGCCUUUGACUUUCACGGGUAGAGUGGUGCUGGUGACCGGAGCAGGCGGAGGUUUGGGGAGGGAGUAUGCGCUGGCGUUUGGCGAGAGAGGAGCCGCUGUCGUUGUGAAUGAUCUGGGGGGAGAUAUUAAAGGCGGUGGGAAGAGUUCAGCCGCUGCAGAUCGAGUGGUGGAGGAGAUUCGAGCGAAAGGAGGGAAAGCCGUGGCUAAUUACGAUUCAGUGGAGGAUGGAGAGAAGCUCAUACAGACGGCGUUGGACGCAUUCGGGCGAAUAGAUAUCGUUGUUAAUAAUGCCGGGAUUCUGCGUGACCGAUCGUUUGCCCGGACCAGUGAUCUGGACUGGGAUCUGAUACAUCGCGUUCAUCUGAGGGGCUCCUUCCUCGUCACACGAGCUGCCUGGAAUCACAUGAAGAACCAGAAGUUUGGGAGAAUCAUUAUGACAUCAUCAGCCGCUGGUAUCUAUGGAAACUUCGGCCAGGCGAACUACAGCGCGGCUAAACUGGGUCUGCUGGGUCUGGCGAACACGCUGGCCAUUGAAGGACAGAAAUACAACAUCCACUGCAACACCAUCGCACCGACCGCUGGAUCUCGUCUCACGGAGACCGUCAUGCCACCAGAUCUGCUGGAGUCAUUGAAGGCAGAAUAUGUGGCUCCACUCGUUCUCUGGUUGUGUCACGAGUCAUGUCAGGAGAACAGUGGCCUGUUUGAGGUCGGCGCGGGCUGGAUUGGCAAACUGCGCUGGGAGAGGAGUUUGGGCCGAAUUGUCCGUCAGACGAAUCAGAUGGUGACACCAGAAUCUGUGAGAGACACAUGGAGUGAGAUCUGUGACUUCACUGAUGCCACUAAACCGGCCAGCAUCCAGGAGUCGCUGCAGACGCUGGUGGACGUCCUGUCGAGAGUGGAUACUGGAAUCACAGCCAAUCCCACCAGUGCCGUGUCCAUCACAGCGGCCGGAACAAACCCUUCAGCGGCGAUUGGACACACUCUGGCGGAGAUGAACUUCACAUACACACACAUGAACUGUAUCCUGUACGCUCUGGGAGUGGGGAUGUCCACCAAAGACCCCCAUCACCUCAAAUUCCUCUUUGAAGGCCAUGAAGACUUCAGCGUUCUGCCCACGUUUGGAGUGAUUCCAGCGCAGAGCUCCAUGAUGGGCCUCAGCAGCGUCCCGGGACUCGACAUCGACUUCACCAGGUUGUUGCACGGCGAGCAGUACAUGGAGCUGUUCAAACCUCUGCCCACAUCAGGGACUCUGAGCUCGAAGGCGACAGUCGCAGAUGUUUUGGAUAAAGGAUCUGGAAUGCUCAUCCUCCUAGAUGUUCACACAUACAGCGGUGGAGAGCUGCUGUGUUAUAAUCAGUUCUCAGUGUUUAUCGUCGGUUCUGGUGGAUUCGGCGGGAAGCGCACGUCACAGAAAGUCAUGGUUACAGCUGAUCCACCGAACAGAGCACCAGAUGCAGUGAUUGUGGACGAAACGUCCAAAGACCAAGCAGCUCUGUACAGACUGAGUGGAGACUGGAACCCGCUUCACAUCGACCCAAGUUUCGCUGCAAUGGGAGGAUUCAAAUCUCCCAUUCUUCACGGCUUGUGCUCGUUUGGAUUCGCCGCACGGCACGUCCUGAAGCAGUACGCAGGAAGUGACGUUUCCAGAUUCAAGUCUAUCAAGGUGCGGUUUGUGAAGCCGGUGUAUCCAGGUCAGUCUCUGCAGACAGAGAUGUGGAAAGAAGGAAACAGAGUUCACCUGCAGUGUAAGGUCAAGGAAACGGGAGGCGUCGUGUUGUCUGGAGCGUAUAUAGAUUUACACGCUGCUGCUGACACGUCUAUGAGCGCCGGCCCGCCGCAGCCUGCAGGUCUUCAGAGUGAUCUGGUGUUUGCUGAGAUCGGACGCAGAAUCAAAGAUGCCGGUGCUGAACUGGUGAAGAAGGUUAAUGCCGUUUUCGGCUGGGAAAUCACCAAAGAUGGGAAAACCGCCCGAGAGUGGACCAUUGAUCUGAAGACAGGAAGCGGCUCUCUUCACAAAGGCGCAUACACCGGUAAAGCUGAUGUGACUUUCACCGUCACUGAUGAAGACUUUAUGGAGGUGGUGUUGGGCAAACUCAAUCCUCAGAAGGCAUUCUUUGCUGGCAAGCUGAAGGUCAGAGGGAACAUCAUGUUGAGCCAGAAGCUGGAGGCCAUCCUGAAGGAUCACGCCAAACUCUGAACAUCUGCGACACCAGCAACACCCGGAAGAAA